UGCACACCUUCACAAACUUUUUUUUUUUUAACAACUAUACGAUCCUAAUUCCCCCAAAUUGAAUUGAUCUUCUUCCAGACACAGACGAAACCCUAAAACUUGACCAAUCAAGCAGUCGGGUCGGAUUAUUUUGCGGGUUUAACAUCUGGGUCAAGAUCAAGUCUUCUACUUAGAGAUUCACGGACACAUAGUGGUGGUUUUAGUGUGUUAAUUUUUGUGGGUUUUGUUGGAAUUGAAAUUGUAUGGUUGAGUUGACUGUGAAUGGUGUUUGAUUUGGGUUUUGACUUUUGUUUUUGAUCAUGGCUAGGCGCCAUGGAUGGGAGCUUCCUGCUCAUACUUUUCAGGUUGUGGCUAUUACUGUUUUCUUCUUGUUGUCUGUUGCCUUCUAUGCAUUUUUCUCCCCGUUUCUUGGGAAGGAAAUCUACGAACACGUGGCCAUCGGUGUUUAUUCAUUCUUGGCUCUCAGUGUAUUUGUUCUAUAUGUAAGAUGCACAGCUAUCGACCCUGCGGAUCCCGGGAUUUUGAUCGAACCCGGAAGGGUAUCACCAAAUCGAUCCCGUAACGGUUCAGAAGUUCCCGGAAAUGCAUCAUCUGUUAGCAAGUCAGGGUUUAGAAAUGAAGGGGUAUAUACCAGUAGUUCGGGGGGUUGUUGUUCGAAAGUUGGUGGGGUCCUUUGUGGUUGCAUUGUGAAAGAAGAUUGCAGAAACGAUGAAGAAAUGCAACAAGGAGGAGAAGAAGAGGCCUUAUUCUGCACAUUGUGCAAUGCAGAGGUUCGCAAGUUUAGCAAACACUGCAGGAGUUGUGAUAAAUGUGUUGACGGCUUCGAUCAUCAUUGUCGGUGGUUGAACAAUUGUGUGGGGAGGAAAAAUUACUUUACAUUUGUGUGCUUAAUGGCAGUGGGCCUACUUUGGCUCGCUUUUGAAUUUGGGGUUGGUGUUGCGGUUCUUGUUCGAUGUUUUGUUAACAAACACGCUACAGAAGAUCAGAUUUCUGAUCGACUUGGAGAUGGAUUUAGUCGGGCCCCUUUUGCAACUGUUGUGGCUAUAUGUACGGUUGUUUCCUUUCUAGCCACCAUUCCACUAGGAGAACUUUUCUUUUUCCACAUAAUCCUAAUUCGCAAGGGUAUCACAACAUAUGAAUACGUUGUUGCCAUGAGGACACAAAGCGAACCCCCGGGACCAUCAAUUGACGGAAUGGAUCAACAAAGCUUGCAAUCUUCUCCAACCAGUUCAGCUGUCACCGCCAUGAGCGGCAGAAGCUCCCUCGGUUUAGGUUUGGGCUUAAAUUAUAAAGGCUCUUGGUGCACCCCUCCACGAAUAUUUAUGGACCAUCAGGAUGAAGUCAUAGCUCAUCUGGAGCCUGGACGGCUUCCGUCAACGGUUGAUCCAGAUGCGGUCCAGCCACCCGAUAAGGGUAAACGACCACCUAAUCGUCCAGUUCGAAUCAGUGCUUGGAAGCUUGCGAAACUGGAUUCAACUGAAGCCAUGAAAGCAGGAGCUAAGGCUCGAGCCUCCUCUUCUGUUCUUCGUCCUGUAGGGUCUAAACCCAAUCAAUACGACCCCGAUCAUUUAUCCAGCAGCAAUGUGAGCAUAAAAAGCAGCCCGAAUAGUACCCACCACCGGUUUCAUGACUCGAAAAGCUCGUAUCCGCCUAGUCGAGCUAGUCGUGAUGAUACUGAAACUUGUGCUCAUAGUGUCGUUAGUAAUUUGAGUAGCCCGGUUCCCGCGCAGGAUCAUUUUAACCCGAUAUACCAGUCAUCCGGGAACCAGUCUCCUUGGUCUAACGAGCCCGCACCCGUGCCGGUUCCUGUACCUGCACCUGCACCCGCACCCGCACCAGCACCGCCACCGGUUAGGUUACCACAGGUUCCUAGGAGAAACAUGGCUGGCAACGAGGGUACGCGAUCGUCAUCUGUGUAUUGGGAUCAAGAAGCGGGCCGGUUUGUGUCUGCUGCUACGGUGAAGACGGGGGGUGGUGGGUCUACCUCACAGGGUUCGGGCACUGAGCUUACGUACACGGGUCAAUCGAUUUUCUUUGGUGGGCCUCUUGUGGGUCCUAGCAGUGGUGGUGGUGGUCCACAGAGGGAAACGACGACGAAUGCUGCGAUAAGCACCAACACGUCGAGUUAUUAUCAGCAGGGUCGAUCGCAGCGGGGUGGGCAGCUUCCGGUGUUUGUUCCAAGUGAAUCUUCGCAGCAAAGAUUACAUAGAGAUGUCUAACGUUGUAACUCUCUUUGGAUUUGUUUUGUUAUUUUGUAGAGUUUUUCUAAUUGUUUUGACUUUUGACUCGGUUUUCAAAAUUUGACUUGAUUUCCAAAUAUGGUGUAUUUAUGUGUUUGGAUGUGCGACUACACUAAUUAUUUAUCAUUUAAAAGAGCAAUCGUUAUUUGAAAGGAAA